AAAAAAAAAAAGAGUUGUUCCAUUUCCAUAGAGCUGAAACAGAGGAGAAAAAAGAAGAAACUCGUGACAAGAGACCGGCGGCUACAUGAGAGAAGAAGAAGAAGUAGAUUUUUGUUUCCGAUGGUAGAUGGAUGUGCAUUUAAUUUGCUCAGUUUUUUCUUCAACUUCAAAUUUAUCCAAGAUCCAUUAGACCACCUGCUACAGACAACUUGGGUCACGUUCUGGAUGUCCAGUCCAAUCCUGGACGUGAGAGGGGUGUGUUAAGAGUACCAAAUUGGAAGUGAUAAAGUCCACCAAAGUGUUUAUAAGUGGUUCUCCAAUGAUAUGAAGCAGAAUCUUGAAUCUGUUUGGGGAAAACAUCAUGAGAAGCCAAUGUCAGUUUACAAGAUUCAGAAAAUUCUUAAUCCGGAAAGUAAAUUUAGUCGCGGUGAUAUUGAUAACGAUAAGAAAAAGUUUAAGGUUUUCACAGAAAGUCAUGAGUCAUGGAAGAAGAAAAUUCUUGAUCCAGGAAGUGAUAUCUUUCUGAAAUGGAAAAGGGCAUUCCUAUUUUCUUGCAUACUAUCACUGUUUGUUGAUCCAUUGUUUUUCUACCUCCCUUCUGUAGCAAUAUCAACUGAUAAGAAUUCAUCAUGCAUGGAUACUGAUUUGAAUUUAGGAAUCAUUGUAACGUGUUUCCGGACAUUUGCUGAUGUUUUCUAUACGCUGAACAUGGUCAUAAAGUUUAGGACAGCUUAUGUCUCACCAAGUUCAAGGGUUUUUGGGAGAGGUGAGCUUGUUACGGAUCCAGGGUUGAUUGCUAGAAGGUAUUUGAGAUCAGAGUUUUUCUUAGAUCUUUUAGCUGCAUUGCCUCUUCCUCAGAUUGUUAUUUGGUUCAUUAUGCCAGCAAUCAGAAGCUCCCAUGCUGAUCAUACCAACAAUGCUCUUGUACUGAUUGUUCUGAUUCAAUAUGUCCCCAGAUUGUACAUGAUUUUUCCAUUAAGUUCACAGAUUGUUAAAGCUACCGGUGUCGUCACAAAGACUGCUUGGGCUGGAGCUGCUUACAACCUUGUACUUUACAUGUUAGCUAGUCAUGUAUUGGGGGCAUCAUGGUAUUUGUUGUCAAUUGAAAGGCAUGCUACUUGUUGGAAAUCUAAAUGCAGAAAUGAAAACCUCCCUGUGAAAUGUGUUCUUAACUACUUGGAUUGUAGCACUUUGAACGACAAUGAUCGCAUGAAGUGGGUGAAUACUACUUCUGUGUUCAGUAACUGCAAUCCUGAAAGUAGCACUAGUUUCAACUAUGGAAUUUUUGGAAUAGCAGUUGAAAAUAAAGUUCUCUCCUCUGGUUUUAUAGAGAAGUAUCUCUAUUGUUUGUGGUGGGGCUUGCAGAACUUGAGUUCCUAUGGCCAGAAUUUAAAUACUAGCACAUUUGUUGGGGAAACUGCAUUUGCAAUACUCAUAGCUAUCUUAGGUUUGGUUUUGUUUGCUCACUUAAUUGGUAACAUGCAGACCUAUUUGCAAUCUAUUACUGUGAAACUUGAAGAGUGGAGGCUCAAGCGACGUGACACAGAAGAGUGGAUGAGCCAUCGCCAGCUCCCACCAUUUCUCAGAGAGCGUGUCCGAAGAUUUGUUCAGUACAAAUGGCUUGCAACUCGAGGUGUUGACGAAGAAACAAUCCUAAGAGGCCUCCCUACAGACCUGCGCAGAGAUAUCCAACGUCACCUUUGCUUAGACCUUGUUCGACGAGUUCCCUUUUUCUCACAAAUGGAUGAUCAACUACUUGACGCGAUAUGCGAGCGAUUGGUAUCAUCCUUAAGUACUCAAGGCACAUACAUUGUCAGAGAGGGAGAUCCGGUAACCGAGAUGCUUUUUAUCAUCAGAGGGAGACUCGAAAGCUCAACCACAAAUGGUGGAAGAACUGGUUUCUUUAACUCAAUUACCUUAAGGCCUGGUGAAUUUUGUGGCGAAGAGUUACUUGCUUGGGCUUUGCUUCCAAAAUCUACACUCAACUUGCCUUCUUCUACGAGAACGGUAAAAGCUCUUGUUGAGGUUGAAGCCUUUGCACUUAGAGCAGAAGAUCUUAAAUUUGUGGCAAAUCAGUUUAGACGUCUGCACAGCAAGAAGUUGCAGCAUACAUUCCGUUUUUACUCUUACCAUUGGAGGACAUGGGCUGCUUGUUUCAUUCAGGCUGCGUGGCGCAGGUUCAAGAAGAGAGUUUUAGCAAAUAGCCUUAGCUUGAGGGAAUACGAGUAUUUCAUCAAUGAACAAGCAAGAGACCGAAUGGAACGUGACGAAGAAGAGCGCGGACCUGUGACUUCUAACACUACACAAGUAAAACAGAAUCUCGGUGUCACUAUAUUGGCUUCGAGAUUUGCUACAAACACAAGGAAAGGGAUUCAAAAGAUCAAGGAUGUAGAGAUGCUCAAGUUGCAAAAGCCUGAAGAGCCAGAUUUCUCAGUAGAGCCUGAUGAUGAUUAAGCUCAAUAUUGCAAAAUGCUAAGUAACUGAUAAUACAACUAUUAUUGCAAAGGCUAACACCUAUAGUGCCAAUAAUAUUCGAGAGUUAAAAGUAUCAUUCCUCAGUCCUUAUAGUUGAUGCCUUGUUGCAACAAGUUGCUUUCGUCAGCUUGUCUUCUUGUAUAUUAAAAUUUAUUGACAUACCAUACUUCUUGUAUAUUACAAAGCGCUAUUGUUACCAUAUUUAUAUUACAAGGGCACUUGUUAAAAGUAACUAAAUAGAAAAAAAUUAUAUUAAUAAUA